AUGAAAGUGGUUAUCAUAACAGCUCUACUGAUUUACAUUGUAGCUGCUGUACAUAAAACUCAACUGACGAAAAUUGAAAGCAAACGAAAAAGACUUUUCAGAAAAGGUUUAUGGUCCAAACAUCUUAAAAAGAAGAAUCAUUUUCGAGCCACUCGAUCACGAACAAAAGUAGGAGAAAGAGUUUACGAUUACGAUGAUAUGGAAUACGUCGCAAACGUAUCGCUUGGCUCGCCUAUUGGAAGGCAGACAUUUUUGGUAGUUUUGGAUACAGGAUCAUCAAAUGUGUGGAUUCCAGAAGUAAAUUGUGCUGCAGCUGAUUGUAUAGAAAAAAACCGUUUCAAUCCAUCAUUAUCAAAAACAUAUCAAGAAGAUGGUCGUAUCUGGUCGAUACUGUAUGGUGAUGGAUCAAAUGCACGUGGAUUAUUAGGACAAGAUUAUUUUGCUUUUGGAUCAAGUCAGGAUGAUUCACUGGUAAUUCCAAAUAUAACAUUUGGCUUGGCUCGGAAACUGAGUGGAUUCAAGGAUGAUCCAGUUGAUGGUAUUGUUGGCUUGGCUUUUACAUCGAUUUCUGUGGACGGUGUUAUACCACCACUAAUUUCUGCCAUUGAUCAAAACAUUCUUAAUCCACCUCUUUUUACUGUCUGGCUUCAUCGUCGAGGUGCACAAGAGAACGUCUUUGGUGGUAUAUUUUCUUAUGGUGAUAUAGAUGACAUCAAUUGUGGUGAUGUGAUUGAUUAUGAACCAUUAUCAUCAGCAACAUUUUGGCAAUUUCGUUUACGUGGUGUUAAAGCUAAUGAUUAUUCUAUAAGUGGAACAUGGGAAGCGAUAUCGGAUACGGGGACAUCAUUAAUUGCUGGACCUAUUGCUAUUGUCAAUCGUUUGAGUGAAGCUGUCGAUGCACGAUACGAUCAGAACGAAGAAAUGUUUUUCAUAAAUUGUGAAGCGAAACCUCCACCGGUGACACUAAUCAUUGGUUCACAUGAAUAUAGCGUACAACCAGAAAAUUAUAUCGUUAUGGUUGAAAACAAUACAUGCAUUUUCUCAUUCUUUACUACGGAAGGUAAUGGUUUUGGGCCAGCAUGGAUAUUUGGUGAUCCUUUUAUCAGACAAUAUUGCCAAAUUUAUGACAUUAAAAAUGAGCGAAUUGGUUUUGCGCCAUCAAAAUAA